AUGGACCUGACGGCCGUCCUCCUCAUGAUUGCCGGGCGGCCCCUUUUUCGGGCGGCGGGGGUGACGCCGACGCCGGCAUGGUUAGAGGCACUCUUGUCGAACAAGCUCCAGACGUUGGCCGUGGUCCUCCUUGGGAACACACUGGUUACCUCGCUCUCCGCAACCGGCGCCUUUGAAGUCACGUACUACGAGCCCUCCCCUCUUCCCCCGGAAGAGGAGGGGAGGGAGGGAGGGAGGGAGGAAGGGGAGGAGGACGAAGCAUGGAUUCCGCACCUCAUCUUCUCGAAGUUGGCCAUGGGCCGCAUGCCGACUGGCGACGAGAUCUUGACGGGCUUGGCGGAAAGGGGUCUGGUCGAGUAA